AUGAAAAUUUUCUGCAUUACUGUCGCGAUGAUCCUCACCGUUUGUGAGCUCGUGUCUAGCCUGCCUAAGAUUACUUACCCUCCUCCAGCUAACAGUGGAGCUUGGAGCAAAGAUGAUAUUAAAGAAGGACGCAAUGUCGAUAAGAGUGAAAUGACAUACGGAGGCAAAUCACCAAUUUACCCGACAUACGGAGGCAAAUCACCAACUGACAAACGCGGAUGGCAACGCUACAUUCAUUAA